CCCUCCCGAAGUGGUACAGCCCAAGUCAGCCUUGUGCGAUCGCCACCGGCCCUCAAGCUCAGAUCCACCAAUAGUGCAAGAAUACGAUGUUCCAGUGUUUGCUAAAGGCAAAGAGGAGGAGGAGGAGGAGGAGACACCAGGGAUGUGGUGUUGUCGUCCCUCCUCCAAGCUUGGGGGGAGAUGGGCCUCCCCGGGUCCCCAAGCUUGACGGACAUCCGUUCAGCCGUGGCCACAUACAACUUCGACUCAGAGAUUGGCAGGAGGGACCAUCGCAAUACGACCGCGGCAGCGACUACCAGUGCAUCGCCGAGAACAGCGCCGGCUCCGCGCAGGCCAGCGCCCGCCUCACCGUGCUGUGGGCCGACGGGCUCCCCGGGGCCCCCACAAUGGUGCGGGCCUAGGCGUUGUCGCCCGGCGCCAUCCAGGUGUCCUGGAAGGAACCGGAGCAGAACACACAGGACAUCAUCGGCUACGUGCUGCACAUCCGGCGGUCCUCAGGUCAGGGCCACACACACGCACAUGUGCAUACACAC